AUGCCGCCCUUUGAGCCGGUGCGGCGUGCUCAGCCCUGCGACCCUUCCUUGUUGAGCUGCCUCGCUGGCGAUGCUUUUCCUCAGGGCUUAGCGGGACUGCAGAACGCUGGUGGUCGAGAAAGCCGCUGUGAAGCUGGCUCCUGCCCUGCGACUGAAAAUGCAGCAUCUCGGGAGCCACUGAUUGUGACAGCAGUGAAGUUUUUACAGAAUCCACGAGUCCGCCAAAGUCCUCUUGCAACCAGAAGAGCGUUUCUGAAGAAGAAAGGCCUGACAGAUGAAGAGAUUGACCUGGCUUUCCAGCAGUCGGGCACAACCACGGAUGAGCCACAGUCCCCAGGUCCUUCUACACAGCUGGUGCCAACUCAGCCCUCUCACCCUGUGGUGUAUAGUCCUCCUGGCUCCAGAUGGCGAGAUUAUGGGGCUUUGGCUAUCAUCAUGGCAGGAAUUGCCUUUGGAUUCCACCAGCUCUACAAGAAAUACCUGCUUCCUCUCAUCAUGGGAGGCAAAGAAGACAGGAAACAACUUCAGAGGAUUGAGUCAAACAUUUCUGAGAUGAGUGGCAGUGUGACACAGACAGUGACUCAGUUACAGACAACGUUAGCAGCUGUCCAGGAACUGCUAAUCCAGCAACAACAGAAAAUCCAGGAGCUCACCCAAGAACUGGCUGCUUCUAAGGCCACAACUUCCACCAACUGGAUUCUGGAGUCGCAGAAUAUUAAUGAACUGAAAUCUGAGAUAUACUCGUUAAAAGGACUUCUCCUGAACCGGAGGCAGUUCCCUCCCUCCCCUUCGGCUCCUAAGAUCCCGUCAUGGCAGAUCCCAGUGAAGCCAAGCUCACCCUCCAACCCUGUUGUUGCCAACCAUAACAGCAGCAGUGACAUCUCACCUGUCAGCAACGAGUCUACCACCUCAUCACCAGUCAAGGAGAACCACAGCCCUGAGGGUUCGAAGGUCAGCUGCCAUCUGCUGAGCACAGAGGAGGGCAACAAGGCGGUGAUUGACGUCAAGAGCCAAGUGCGGAUGGAGGUGCAGGGUGAGGAGGAGAAAAGGGAAAACAAAAGGAAUGAAGAGGAGGAAGAGGACGAUGAGGAUGAUGAUGUUAGCCAUGUGGAUGAGGAGGAAUGUCUGGGUGUCCAGACUGAGGACCGGCGAGGAGGGGAUGGUCAGAUUAAUGAGCAAGUGGAAAAGCUACGAAGACCUGAGGGGGCCAGCAACGAGAAUGAGAUUGACUAAAGCACCCUGGCUUCUGCUGCUGCUGCUGUACAUCUUCCCUAGCCUCCUGCACUGUCCCCGGUGCCUCUCCCAUUUUGUGGAGAGAAGUGCCACCAUCCCCUCCAGUGAUUCUCCCAUGAUUGACCUUGAGUAGGGUCAUGAUUGCCCAGUGAACAAGGUGGGCCCUGUUUCACCACAGGGCUUUGCAGUGUUGCGGUGGCUUCUUCUCCCCUCCCAGACCCACCUUCUCCCCAUGAGCUGGGGUCACUGCCUAGGCUGGAAGACCAAUCGCCUUACCAUGCACCACUGCUACAGAAUAAGUCCUCUUACAAAAACACCAUCUCUCCUGAAACAGUCAGCCUCUUCGCUGCAUCCUAGAGUCCUUCUGUCCAAUUUCAGAAACCAAUCUGUCCUGAGCUCUUUGAUUUCACAAGCCUUUAAUCCCCACAUAAGGCCCAAACCAGUUCUCUGUUUCCCAAAAUAACCCUCUGUUUUAUUUCUCAAACUCCUUGAUAUUCUGUUGCCAAAAAAAGAACGUUUUAACCCCAAAUUCCUCACCAGAUCUCAGUCUUGGCUCUUCCAAGCCUUAUGUCAAGCCUCAAAUUCCUGAAACUACCUAGCGUCUAAAAACACUAAAUUUCUGUGGGGUCCAAAGAACACUAUUUCCACCCCACAUGCCUACACUCAUCGAAGUGGCCUCUUGCUAGGGACCAAGUCCAGGUUUCAUGGCCACAGUAAAAUCCAUGAGAACAGGUGGCUUUGUUACUGAUUGCUCCCCAGUAAAAGAAGGCUUUAAAAGAAAUUGACCCCACUCAUCCCAAUUAUUACCCUUCCUCCUCCAAAGACAAGGAGCUCAACAUCCGUUUUUGACAUCUUACAUUUUAUUUAUAGCUGCCCUGAAUGAAUGAAUGAAUGAGGUGACAUCAGAUGCUGAAAUAGUUGGUUAAUUCUGAAUCUUUGCAAUGGUUCUUAGCCUGUUUUUCUCCCUGAGGAGAAAACCCAACUUAAAUGAUCAGCUGAGACCUGCACCUACCCAGUGACAGGCACCUGCUUCAGCACAGCAGUCUUUACAGAAGAGAAAACAGUUCCAGCUCUGAGGUACACCACUGGCCCUUCUUGCCCAGUCCAGCCUUUUUUUGCCCCAUUUGGGCUAUACACAAAUUAAAACAGUGAAUUUUGAAACCUCUCAUUUGCAGCAUUGUGUUCUCAGCUGGUAAAAUGGUGGAGUCCAAUUAUAUUAUUCACUGCAUCAGAGCCUCUUAGCAGAGCAAUUCUUGUAACAACCGAGUCUCACUGUCCUCACCAAGCAAGUGUGCUCAUCUGUGUGAUCAUGUAUAGAUUUCAAAUAUAAAAUACGAUUGUAUAUAAUUGUAAUAAAUAUGAGUUACCACUAUUUAACACCA